CUCCAUUCACAAAAACAAAAACCUGAAUUGACACAGUAAAAGCAGAACCUUCACUUCCUUGGAUCAUGUCGUGAUAUGAGAUACCUUAACUUGUGUGCUGCCGUGCUGAGUAACCCAGAGAGAGUAAUGGGAACGGUUUGCUGCUGCAUAAACAAGUUUGCUACUUUGAGCAACAUCAGGUCACGACCCUUCUUCUCUUCACACUUCCCCUCUCACCAUUUUCCCUCCACAACAACUUCCAUCAACUUCAGCAUCGCCUCUUCUUCUUUUUCUUCUGCCACAUCUUCAUUCACAUGGGAUGAUGUCUUUCGCAUAUCUGAAUCUCAAUCUGCCACUCAAGACCGCUCUCGCUACCUCCAAGGCUUCUCCCACAAACUUCAACUAUGCAAUCGUGCUUCUGAGAAACAAUCUGAAUUCCUUCCAUUUGUCAUUGAGGACCACGUUGUUGGAUUCAUUCACAAUGGGUUUGUGGAGCAUUUGAGGGACUUUGGCGAUGUAUUUGUUUUCCCCAUAGAUAAAAACAAUGGAGGCCCCUAUGGUGACUUUGUUUCUUUGCAUCCAACACUGAAGACAGCUGACGAAAGAACCAGCGCAGUUGGAUAUGUGGUAGAGCGUUUGGGAGAGGAGCAGAUUCCAGGCAUACGGGAUGAGCUUUACCCCGUGACAUCAUCAUUUGGUGCACCCAUUUUCUUUUCAUUAGAGCGUGCUGCAGCUCCUUAUUUUGGCAUUAAGGCUUAUGGAGUCCAUAUGAAUGGCUAUGUUGAGGUGGAUGGGCAGAAACACAUGUGGGUAGGGAAGAGAAGUGACACGAAACAGACAUAUCCUGGGAUGCUUGAUCAUCUAGUUGCAGGAGGACUGCCACACGGAAUUGACUGUCAGGAGAAUCUCAUAAAGGAAUGUGAGGAGGAAGCAGGAAUACCUAGAUCUAUCUCUGUCAAAGCCAUACCUGUUGGUGCUAUUUCAUAUAUGGACAUUGAUGGGUAUAGAUACAAGAGAGAUGUUGAAUUCUGUUAUGAUCUAAAACUUCCAAAAAGUUUCUUACCUAAAAAUGAAGAUGGAGAAGUUGAUAGCUUCAAGUUGAUCCCUGUUACGCAAGUUGCAGAAGUCAUACGCAAGACAGAGUUUUUCAAGCCGAAUUGCUCUCUUGUAAUCAUUGACUUCCUGUUUCGACAUGGAUACAUCACUCCUGAAUAUCUUGGAUAUUUGGAUCUCCUACGAAACUUAAGAAUAGGAGAUUGCUCCUGACUCAAAGCAUCAUGACCAUUUACUAUGUUGCUAUGCAUUGAUAUGCUGCUCAAGUUUCUUGGUUAUUGUUAUCCUUUAUAUUGUUGAAAUUCUAUAAUGAUUUAUUCAAUAUUAUAUUAACUCUUGGGAUUGUACUUUUCUCGUAAUGCAGUCUGCAACUUGGAUACUUAUUUGGUA